AUGACCAGCAUGUCGUAUUCCACUUUUUUCAAGAUACCGCGGGCAGCAGCUCUCUUGCUUUUAAUCAUGCUGACUUCCGCCUUCACCAGGCCAAUGGCUUUUGCCCCGUCGCCGUUGCCCAACCCUUCGUUUUUGAUGCGGGCUUACGAUUCGUGUCGCUCGGUUGCGGAGCGUCCGUACUGUACGACACUACGAAUGGCAGUGGCGGACGAAGGCGACGAGAAAGAAGCCGAUAAGGAAGGGGCAGAUUUGGCUGCUGAAUUCUUCAAAAUGGCACAGCAAAAAGGAGUCGAGCUCGGAUCGGAGGAUUUGGAAGACGACGAAACAGACGAUGAUGAGGAAGAGGAUGAUGAUGAUGAUGAUGAAAAGGAGGAGGAAGAUGACGAGGAUGAGGAAGAAGUCAACAUUCCACAAGGUGCCAUCAACGCCUUUUUGGGGUACGAUACGGGAGACGUCGGUGACAAACUCGCGGGGAACGUUUCCCUUACAGACGACCAGCUGUACAGUGAAGUCAAGGAGCGUGUGCUCGAUACGGCUGGGGGCUUUCUGGAAUAUGUCAAAGCCGCCAAAGAUGACGGCGAAGGAGAAGAAGAAGAUGACGAUGAUGAUUUUGACACCGACAGCGAGGACGUUGUCGGUGAAACAAAACCUUACGAACCGCCCACAACGAUUCCCGAUAGCGAACUGACUGCUGGUGAAGUCGUUAUUCUGGUACUGGACGCACUGCUGAACAACGAUGUCCCUACGAAAAACCGCGGUGUUGAAAUUCUUUUUGGCUACAGCUCGCCGGGAUCACAAAUCAAGAAUGAAGAAGGUCUCACGCCGUCCGAAUACAUGGACUUUUUGAAAGAAACGGAGUACAAGGUCUUGUUCAAUCGCAAGUCCGUUUCGAUCGACAAGGCAGACUAUUCAUUCGACGGCAAGAAGGCUUUCUUUACGGCUCGUUUACAGAUAGGGGAUGGUCCACUAGACGUCGUCUCGGUAAACUUUAUUCUUUCGACUACUGGGAAAGAGGAUGAUUCCUGUUGGUUGAUCGACUCUAUGUUGAUUCGUCCUCAGUCCAUGCGUCGGCGAAGACGUAAAUAAAGCAUGUUUCUGGUCAACACUUGCUCGACAAAUUGCAACCCUGUUUUUUUUUUAUAAAGACGCUGCAUAUAAUGUUGAAACUCCCUCUAGAAAUCUAGUGUUCUCAUC